UUUUGUUAUGGACUUUGUAGUCUUGGGGAAUUUGUCUGACCCUCCCUACUUAAAUGAUACAAAUGUCUUAUUAUUUCCGGGUUUGAUGAAUUUUGAGUAAACUUUUCUACCUUGAUGAAUUUUGUGAUACUUUUGUCCCUUUUAUUAUGCAUUUCUGUUGGAAGGCACUGUUUUUUCGUGUUGUAUUCAUUGUUGACACAGGUUUAACUGCAGGAAGUCAAUUCCAGUCAAAAGUUUUGAACUUUCAGUCAAGUCAAAUCACUGCAGGCCGAAAAGGAGGAAAAUUGAAGAAUAUAGUCAGAUGCAAUAUUGCACAACCAGACCAAGACUUUUCUUUGAUCAAGGGGGAUGAAAAGAAUCAUCCUUUGGUCAAAAUGUGUGGUAUCACAUCAGCUAGAGAUGCUGCUUUGGCAGCAGAAGCCGGUGCCAAUUUCAUUGGGAUGAUCCUUUGGCCCAAGUCCAAACGCUCCAUUUCGCUUUCAGUUGCAAAGGAAAUUUCAAAAGUUGCAAGGGAAUAUAGGGCUGAGCCUGUUGGAGUCUUUGUGGAUGAUGAUUUAGACACAAUUUUAAGAGCUUCAGAUGCAUCAGACCUUGAAUUCGUGCAGCUUCAUGGAGAUCUUUCUCGAGCAGCAUUCCGGAAGUUGGUUCAAGAAAACAGAAUUAUAUAUGUUCUUCAUGCAAAUGAAGACGGAGACCUUCAAAACCAGAUUUCCGAUGAAGACUGUUCUUUAGUAGACUGGGUUCUUGUGGAUAGUGCUAAAGGUGGCAGUGGCAAAGGAUUUAAUUGGGCUCAGUUCAAGUUACCUUCAAUCACAAGCAAACGUGGCUGGCUUUUGGCAGGGGGAAUCAACCCUAAUAAUGUUUGUGAGGCCAUUAAUACUCUCAAACUGCAUGGAGUUGAUGUAAGCAGCGGUAUUUGCGCCCUGCAUGGUAUUCGGAAAGAUCGAUCACGGAUUUAUUCUUUCAUGAAAGGGGUCCGCUCUGCACCAUAUUGAUCUAUAUAGGAAUCAGAGAUUAUCCAUCCAUUGAUUUGUUACAUCAGGAAAAUAAGAUGAUGAUGAUGAUGAUGAUGAUGAUACUCACAGCUUCAAUCAAGUGAUAAUGUGGGAUUUGAGGGAAGAGAUGAUGUAUAACAUGAGUUCCAAUAUCGUGGUGGAUGUUGUUAAUCCAUCCAUAAUCCCGAUCAAGCGUCGUAAGCCCUCCUCUCAGGUAACUCCACUCCUGGUUAGUAAAACACAGAGAAGUUUCAAUUGUUAUACCAUACAUAACAUGGAUGGUUUCUUGGUGAAGAAGCAUAAACAUUAUCCUGAACCUUUCCUCGAUACCAUGGAAGCUUCUCGUCAUGACCAUGGUGAUGUAGGUAUGUCACCAAAUCCAACCACAUCACAAAUAUCUGCCAUUUUAUAUGUGAGUCCAUUAUAUCAGACCAGAAAUAUGAAUUUUUUUGGUAAAAGUACCAUUAAGACCCCUGUACUGAGAGUUAGAUUGCAUUUUACUCCAUUCACUCAAAAAAUGGGCAAAUUGGUCCCUGUAUGUUAGAUUAAAGAGCAAAUUUGGCCUUUCUGUUAAAAAUUUCGUUCAUUUUUAUUGUUAAAAACUAACGUAGAAGGACCAGUUUGCUUAUUUUAAAUAGAGGGGGUAAAAUGCAAUUUGGUUUCUAGUCUAAAGGCCUUCGUAGUACUUUUACCGAAAUUGUUUUGAAGAAAUAUAUGUAGGAACUGAAGCAUGUACCGCAUAAGGGAUGCCGUAGAGUUUAAGCAAUGGCAUUGGUCCCAUUGUAAACGACAAAUAUGCAAGCAAGCCAACCAUUGCUGUCCAACAAGCAGUUGAGGUGAUUAUAUCUUUCCUUUCAUUUGGGACAAAUAAAUCACUGUCUGGAUGGAAAUGUGAACCCUUUUUUCCGGGACUUCGACUCCACUGUUGACCGUAAACAACAUGAGUCAAUAUAAAUAUCAUUUGAUUCGUAAACCGAAUCCAACAUCUAUGGCUUACCAGAUAGAUAGGAUAAGCAAGCAUAGGGAAAGGCAGGGUGAACCUCAAUAAUCUUGUUGCAUUGUCCAAACUCUUGUAAAUUUUCUCAGACAACUGCCAUAAAAGGUAAAGAAAUUACUCACUUGUAAUGAAAAUUUACAUGUAAGAAAGGGUUGUGGCGGCGGACAUUACCGGAUGCCAUGACUCGUCAUUUUCGACAUGCCCGUGAUUCUGGUGAUGAGUUCUAUGGCUAAUUCUCCUGCAUAUAUGAUCAAAAUUGUUGAAAGAAGUUGGUAAUUGGAUAUAAAAGUAAAUGUUAAAUUCUGCUAUAAGUCCCUGUACUUUGUAAAAGUUGUGGAUUUAGUCCUUAUACUUUAGUUUGACCAAUUUUAAUCCUUAUUGGUUAAA